AUGACCAUCGCCACAAUCCCUUGGCCACCAUAUGGUCACCGACGGGGCAACAACAAGACCUCGUUCAGAGCCAAAAGAGCAACAUCACCGCCCAGCCCCGUCUCCGUCUCUCCCACGUCCACCUCAUCCACGAGCCUCGCCUCCGAGGGCAGUCUCGGAUCGCCCAUCAUGACGCACCUGGGCAACAUGGCCUCGCGCUUUCGCAGGCCGUCGACAAAGGCAGUCUAUGAUACGACCUCUGCCGAUAACGCACUGUGCAGUGCAACGCCCGAGCUCACCAAGAUGUAUGACAGCGACGAUGCGGACAGCGAGAGCAUGCCUGGGACCCCAGACCAGCUUCCAGUGCAGACGUUGCCGCAGCAGUCUUCUUCACCACAGCGUUCAUCAAAAAUCGCCUCGCCCGAACGACCACUGCCUCCGGUACCCUCAUCUGAACGUUCCAAAAGUCCAAGCCCCGCGUGUUCCACGGCGGCACCUCCCGUGCUUGCCAAGCCGCCGUCCCGCCAGCGGGUGGUGAAGCCACAGCCGUUUACGUCGAGUGCAGGACGCCGUGCGGUUUCAGCAGAAGUCGCGUCCACUGCGCCUCCGGCGGCACCUCAACCGCAGACACGAGUGUCGGCACCGGUUCCUGCACCCAUUACAAUCCCCUCAAAUGACUCGCCAGUCCCUGCAGCCGUCAUCACUCUUGCGCCGCCCCAGGCAGAGGCAGCGUCGGGUCCCCUCGCUUCCGAACACCCACGUUCGGUGCGCGUCGUCAUGACCGACAUCAAUGCCGUCAACCUCGAGUGGGACGCACCAACCAUGGACCCUGCCACAGUGUGGCUGGCUUGUGCACGAGUGCACAUUCUAGACGAGCAGCGCGUCCUCGUUGACAUUCACAACGAGACACCGGAAGAGGAGCGUCGGUGGCUGAUCCAAACGGCCGUCGAGCUCUACUUCCCCAUGCGCAAGCGCCUCAUGGAGGUCACCGAGGUGAUCCGCCACUCCUUCCCAGGUUACUCUCUGGCCCCCCUGAAGCCUAUCACACCGCCUCCUGCCGCCAACAUGCGUCGGUCAGAGUUUGUGGGGUCAGGCCGCACUCCGGUUCUCCCAACGCCGCUUGAACUGCCUCGCCUCACGCUCCCCAACCCGUUCCGCAACACCUACCGCGUCCUGCAGUAUGUGGACACUGGCCGGCGUGCACUUUGGGUUCCUGCCGGUGUGGUCUUUGACCUUGCGAGCCGCGGGGACACUGCAAGCAUGAUCCACGUUGGGCCCGAGGCUGCGGCCAACUUUCGGAGUGCCACCAUGAACACGAUGUUUGUGCAUGCCCUCAAGCGCGUGAUGGGCACCGACGUGAAAGCGACACCCGAGGCCCAGCAUGCCAUGGAGCGUGCACAGCUGCGCAUGCUCUCGUUCCACCCCAGCCAGAUCAGGGUUCGCCAAGUGGGAAAGCACGGUGGCAUUGUCGACGUCGAGCUGCCAGCCCCGCGCGGUCUGCCCAAACUCCCAGAGUGGCACGUCCCGACUCGCGUCUUCUUCACCCAGGGAACCGAGUACGUCUUCGAGUCUGCGGUCGGCACCCCACGCUGGCGUCUCGACGAGAUCAAGAUGAUCCUGGACGAACACAUUGGCUAUCAGAUCGAGGCAUGGGACGACAUCCGUCGCAUUAUUCGCGCGUUUGCGCCCAACGACCACCGUGUCGCCAAGAUUCUGGUCACCCCACCUGCGUGCCGCCGAGGAUACGAGCGCCGCCGCUUCACUCCUCGUGUGACCCGUGCUGGCUCUGGCCACGGCGGUGUCCCCCGCGGUCAGCGUGCCGCCAUCGACCUCCCACGCUUAAUCAAGGCUCAGCGAGGCUGUUAUCUGCUCGAGUACCCAGACGAGUCGGGCAAGGAACCAGCCACCUUGGAUUGCACGGGCCAAGACCCCAAGGUUAGCAUCCAUGAGAGCGCCAGGGACAGCACAAUGAUGGUGUGCUGGCUCUUUGGCAUUGUCGCCACGCUCUUCGAGUCAAAGUAA